AUGCUUAUCAAGGGCGACCCAAACACCAUUCCCGACGUCGUCAUCUCCUUUCCAUUUUCGUUCAUGAACUUCCAUCUGAUCAUGAUCGAGGUUUGCGUCUCGGAAACAGCCCCUCACGUCUUCAAGAAGGUGGCCAAGCUCAUUCGACAGGCAGUCGGGCCAUUAUUCGCUUUCAUGUUCCUGUUUGUUCGGGAACGCCACGAAUCACGGGCCCCUGGGCAAUUCGAAGGGUACCCGAGUAUCAUGCGUCAAAGCUGGACGAAAGCGCGUGCCACUGGGGAUGAAGGGGAGGAGGCCCUCGGUGAGUGGACCCAUCAGGACAAGACACAGGUGUCCCCGCCGAAGGCCGGGAAGCCACCGCCCCAAAACAUUCGCCCCGUCUUUCCCGCAGGAGACCCGGACCAGCCGCACUCUAUCGAGGUCAAAGAGCACUGGUCGGCAUUCGCAUGUCCGCCUCGUGCCCUACAUGGCGUCCUCCUGCAUGGAGCCAUGAAGCUAGACGCCGUCAUAGUUCUCCGCGACCGAUUUGAUGAGAUACUGGAGGAGGUGGACAGGGGGACGACCAUGGAGAAGAUCGUAGAUCGCUUCCCGACCGUGAGGUCCGACCUAGUCCUUCAAGAUGGAUCCCUCUCCGGAGUGGAUUGGAUCUAUCUCCCCGAGCAGGAGUUCUGGCGGGAGAUGUUGCGAAUGUGCGUGCUCACUCGGAGAACGUUUAACGCGAUGGCGUUGAACAUGGGAGGCUUGAGUGGUCCUCGGCCCUUGUACACCGUCCACCGCAAUCGCUCCGCCCCCGCUUGCCAAUGGAUGGCACAGCACCUCCCUGGUUACACCACUCGAGAGUUCAUCCGUCGGGAAGACGAGGUGUUCGAGGAGGUCGUGGUUUUGUUAGCUGAUCAACUGACCGGGGAAGCCUUGAAGGUGUUUCACGAUUCCAUGGUCCAGCGACUCUCUCGAGCGGCGAUGCAGUGGGCAGACAGCAGACUGAUGGACGCAUUGGGGUAG